GAGCUUCUCAAGUGCAAAAACCUCAGCGCUAACUUAGCUCGGUUUCCGAGAAACAUACCAAUUCCGAUCCUGUUGGAGAUGUCUUCUGGGUCGAGUAGCUCAUCCCGCGGCGGCGCCAACGUGGAGUGGAGCAAGAAGGAUAACAAGCUGUUCGAGGAUGCACUCGCCUACUAUGGCGAGGGCACGCCCGACCGCUGGCUCAAGGUGUCCCGCGCCAUGGGCGGGACCAAGACGGCCGACGAGGUGCGCCGCCACUACGAGAUCCUCGACGGCGACAUCAAGCUGAUCGACUCCGGCAGGGUCCCUUUCCCCAACUACAACACCCAGGGCCAGGGGGCUUGGAACUGAUGCAUCAAUCAAGGAGCAAAGCUUUUGAGAUCCUGCAAACAGGAUAAUCUGUUGAUAUAAUCUAGUCCUUAGCCGGGACCAUGUUAAUGAAGCAAGCAUAAUUAUGUACCGUAUGAUGAAGAUUGUGGGCACUUGGUUAGGAAUAAAAGAAGAAAACAUGUGUGUGUGUGUGUGUGUGUGUGUGUGUGUGUGUGUGUGUGUGUGUGUGUGUGUGUGUGUAAUAUUAGGCUUGUAAGCAAAUCAAGUGCGCUUGGUCUUGUAGACGGUAUCGUGUAUUUUCAUUGUGUACAGUAUUACUCCGCGCCAAUAAGUUUUGGAGUAAACAUCAGUUAUGUAAAUCCCCGGUAAUUGUGUGUACUGUUUAUGAACUUGUGCUGGUAGAAUAU